GGCCACCCUGCCAGCCACUCGGAGCAAAACAAAACAUUUGCAUCUGUGCGCGGUUCUUCGGGAACUUCUAAAAAAACCUUUGGCGAUGAGUGUAAAAACCGGCGGGAACGUUUGUCCUACUACCGAGGAACGGUCAGGUACCGUCCGCGAAGUUGGUUCUCAAGCUGUAUGGAGCUUGUCAUCCUGUAAACCAGGUUUCGGUGUGGAGCAGUUACGGGACAACUCGAUGGAGACCUACUGGCAAUCGGACGGACAGUUGCCGCAUUUGGUCAACAUCCAGUUCCCCAGGAAAACGACGGUAAGUCAAAUCUAUAUUUAUUCAGAUUACAAGUUGGACGAGAGCUACACACCGAGUCGGAUCUCCAUCCGCUGCGGUACACACUUCAACGACUUGCAGGAAGUUGAAGUAGUCGAUCUGUGCGAACCGUCCGGGUGGGUGUGUAUUCCGAUUAAGGAGGUACGAGAUAUCCCUAUGAGGACGUUCAUGAUUCAGAUCGCCGUGAUCAGUAAUCACCAGAAUGGGCGCGAUACACACAUGAGGCAAAUUAGGGUACACUCACCAACGGAGGGAACGACCUAUCCGUUGGAACAAUUUGGACCGUUCAGUACAAUUGAGUUUCAACAAUUCCGCACGAUAAGGUAGACAAUAUUAUGCGUGUACAUACAAGAA